CCGUUGUUAACGUCACUUCCGUUAUUGCGUAGUUCCGGUUUUAGAUUUUUUUUCAUCCAUGCUACUGAUUGCUGGAUUUUCCACCGAAAAAGGCAAGUCAAGAAGCAAGAGCCUCUAAAACCACAAUCACAAUGUUCAAACUAGAAGGACUCGGACCUAAAAUGGACCCAGAGGAGAUGAAGAAGAAAAUGCGGCAAGAUGUGAUUUCAUCUUUACGAAACUUCCUUAUUUACGUCGCCCUCCUCCGAGCCACUCCAUAUGUGUUAAAGAAACUGGACAGUAUAUGAGCAAAGCAGCUGUUUCAACUUCCUUCUUUCCAUCCAUCUACUGAGAGUUCACCGCAUCAGAGAUGAUGUUGAUCGCCACAAGCAGACAGAUGGGGACAAGCGGGGCACACACUGAGAAAGACAUUAGCAUCUGUCCAUCUCUGCACCAGAGGAAGCAACUCGUUCUUACUUCUAGUCUUGAUCCUUGUAAAAAUGUGUUUAGUUUUCUUGUUAAAGUCUGAUAGUCUGCAUACAUGUCAUACAAUAAAAUGGAAAAUGAA